GCAGACUGAGAGUUUGGUGGAGAAGAUGUGCCACCGCUUCCGAACUGCCAGAACUGAGCGCCAGUGGCGGGACCUCGCUCAUUGCCUCUCCCUCCUGCCGUUCUCGGAGAAAGGACUGGUUAAAAUGCAGGAUUGCUUUGACUGCUACGGGGACAAGCUGAGCGAUGACGCCGUGUACAAUUCCUUCCUGAGUGUCAUAGGGAAGAUGCGCAAAGGAGCAAAACCUGAACUGAAGACUAUGAUUGAUGAGUUUGAAAACAAGCUGACCAUGUGUCAUAACAAAGGUCUGGAGAACAUGGUUCCAGAGGAGGCGAUCCCAGAUGGCGAAAACCCUCCACCUUCCGCUGUAAAGAAGAAUGCUCCAGCCAAGCGGCGCCCUCUUAGGUCUGUGAACAGAUCGCAGAAGGUAAAUGAAGAGAGCGAGUUCCAGACUCCCAAAACUCGCGCCCCAAGGAGACCACAGAGGAAAGUGACAGUUACCUUCUCCAGUGAUGAGGAAUCUGACCUGGAGGCGGAGCUGAGUGAAGCUGACACACCCAAAAACCCCACCCCCAUCAGACGCACAAAUACCCGCUCCCGGGCUCGGUGA